GCACAAUUCAAGUAGAGAUACUCACAAUUUAAGGGCUUUGGUUUCAACACUUUGCUUCUCUUUCGUCUUGUGCUGAUCCCAACGGAGGCGUGAACCCUGAUUACACUUCUCUUUUUUACGUGGUGGUUUUGACCCCAUUGCUCAUUCUCUCCAAUUCAAGGCUAAAGGUCAAGAAAGGUAUGAUGAGAGAAAGUGCUAAGGGCAAGUGUGGAUCUUCUUCUCUUCAAUCCAUGAAGGAGAAGGAAAAACACUUGGUGGAUAAAAUUCAAGGGAUUUUCAACAACAUUCAGUGUGCAAGAAAGGAGAGCAGGGGUAAUGAUAUUGUGAUCUUUGAGGAGCAGAUGCAUCAGUUGCUCCGCGAGUGGAAAGCGGAACUGGAGUCUCCAGCCACUUCCUUAGCUGAUGGAAGCUUUGAUUCCUUUACCAGCGAACUUGCUCAACUGUUGCAAGUGAUUGAAGAGAAAGAUGAUGCAACUAGUCCAUUAACAAAACUUGGGCCAUUGAAGACUGAGCUCCCUACAAAUAAUAUUAGCGACAACAAUUUUCAGUUUUUUCAGGAGAAGCAUUUUGAUGAUAACCAACCACUAGAUCAUACUUUUGAAGGCUCUGGUUCAGCUCUCUUCAACAAUGCUUUUAAUAACUCAGACAUGGCCCAGUUGGAUUAUCAUCCAUUCAGUUUACAUCAAGAUAUGAAUGACAACCCAGUAGGUCACCACUCUGAUUCGAUUGGUCAGCUGGAUUUAUAUCAGGGCCUCAGUCACAACACAGAAAUGAAAAACUCAGAAUCAACUCAAUUUACUUUAGAAGGUUUUGAUUGUAGCCAGUUCUUUGGAGCUGAUGACACUGUGCAGCAUGGAGAGAAUGUUAUACCCAACAUUCUUCCUAAUAUCUGCCCUCCAGCUUCUGCUUUUUUAGCCCCAAAAUGUGCCUUAUGGGACUGUUUCAGACCUGCUAAAGGGGUAGAAUGGUGCCAGAACUACUGUAGUAGUUGCCAUGAGCUUUUGGCAAAUAACGAGGGUCUUCCUGGCAUGACUCCAAUUUUACGACCUGGGGGCAUUGGCGUAAAAGAUGGUCCUUUGUUUGCUGCUGUUCUUGCUAAGACACAGGGUAAGGAAGUUGGCAUCCCUAGUUGUGAAGGCGCUGCUUCAACUAAGUCUCCCUGGAAUGCUCCAGAGUUCUUUGAUCUUUCUUUUCUCGAGGGUGAAACUGUUAGGGAGUGGCUCUUCUUUGACAAGCCUAGAAGGGCGUUUGAAAGUGGAAAUAGAAAACAAAGAUCACUUCCGGACUACAGUGGACGUGGUUGGCAUGAAUCAAGGAAGCAGGUGAUGAAGGAACAUGGGGGGCAAAAGAGGUCCUAUUACAUGGAUCCCCAGCCUCUUAGUUAUCUUGAGUGGCACUUGUAUGAGUACGAGAUCAACAACCAUGACGGUUGUGCAUUAUACAGACUAGAACUAAAGCUUGUGGAUAAAAAGAAAAGUCCUAAAGGAAAAGUGACCAGGGAAUCUCUUACUGAUUUACAGAACAAAAUGGGACAGCUUACUGCUGCUGUUGUAUCACCAGAUGAUGGACAACCAGUCAAGGGAAAAACUAAGGCCGAGUUUGAAAAUGAUGGGUCUCCUGAAAAGUAAAUUAACACUCCGUUGGGUCAAUUUUACCGUAUGACUGACCAACUUGUACAUAUUUGAGAAUGGAUCAUAGCAUGUGGAAGUUUCUGACUUUCCUUAAACAAGGUAAAAUGCUAAUAGAAUUUUCUUGUGGUAGAAGGUGCUCAUAGUCUUGUGCGAAUUUAUCGUUAUUCUACUUUUGGAUAUUGGCAUUAUUUGAAGUCUACUCAUAAGAAACAGAGUAAAAGUUAGAUCUUUUCUGUCAGCAUACUUACUGAUGGAUCAGUGGGAGGUUCCUUUGUUGGCUAUCACCGAAAUUUCUAGCAUAUUCUUAAAAUUUAGCAGCGUUUAUUUUAUUGUACAUGUUUUCUAAUGGUGGCAUUAGUUUUAACUUGUAUUACUAGUACAACUGCUGCAAUUCCAUGGAAAAUGCAAAAUACAAUUUCUGAAAAAAUAGAUAUAAUAUGCAUGCACUUUGCCUUCUGUUGAA